UGUGUUUGUGUGUGAGUGAGUCUGUUUUUUUUUUUUUCCUUUCCGUCCAUUUGACAUGUUAAGUCAGAUCAGGAAGUGUGAUGCUGUGACAGUAGAGAAGGAAGCUGGCACACAAUGGCACUAUGUUUGCUUCUGGGACUGGUAGCAUGAGAGGGCCGCGGGCGAAGACCCUUCUGCUGCUGCUGCUGCUGCUGCUGACCUCUCUGACUGGGACAGUGUUAUGCCAAGAUGAAGAUGGAGAAGUUGCAGAAACUGAGGCACCAGCAGUUGAGGAGAAUCUAGAACCAGUAGACGAGGAUAAUACGGGGAUCUCAGAAACAACCCCAACUGCUAUUGAAUAUACUUCAACCUUGGACCCCUCCUUCACAGGAGAGUCCGUUGAAAAUAUCAUUGAAGAAGAUCGUGGCUCAGGAUUGAGCCAGGUGCCAGGUGAUGGACAAUCAGAACCAACAGUGGACCCCACCGGUACCACUGAACCAAAACCAGAUGACGGUUUGGGUAUCAUCAUCAUCCUAAUCCCUGUGGUGCUGGUGGUCGUAAUCAUCGGCAUGAUAGUUUGUGGUAUUUUCAUCAACCGCAGGUGGAAGAAUAAAGAGAGAAAUCAAGAGCUGAGAAAAGAGGAUCCAUAUUUGGAUGGGUCCAGUACAGAGAAGGUGCCAAUGCCCAUGUUUGAAGAAGACGUGCCCUCUGUACUGGAGCUAGAAAUGGAAGAGUUGGGUCAGUGGAUGAAAAAGGAUGUUGAACCUGCAGAGGACUCUAACCAUGCAUGAAUCCAUUUAUGGUUAACAAAGGACGCUCUCCUGACACGCAAGAACACACAGUCAACAAUGCAUCGUUACCAACUUGGAUGUUCUGACCUGUUCUACAAUAAUCCAGCAACACCUGUGACCACAGGAACUAAUUUGACUGCCAGGAAACAACAUCACAACACGUUAAGGACACUAGCAAACAUAAUUUUCAUUAUUAAAGUAAAAUAAUAGGCAAGAAAAAUUCAUUUUCAAAGGGCCAGUGUGUAGCAUUUAGGACGAUCUAUUAGCAGGAAUGGAAUAUAAUAUUAAUAAGUAUGUUUUCCUUAGUGUAAAAUCACGUGAAACUAAGAAUGUGUGGCUCUUUGAUCAGCGUUGUGCCUUUCAGGUAUUGUUUCUGUCAUGCAUUACAUUACAUUUAUUUAGCUGACGCUUUUAUCCAAAGCAACUUACAAUAAGUGCAUUCAACCACAUGGGCACAACCCCAAAAAGUACAUUAACUUCAUCAAAUAUGCUGAUCUACUUCAAGUGCUACAUUUAGAGACAACAAUUAGAUAGAUAGACAAUAGACAGAGAAAGAUUUUUCUUUUAUUUCAUGGGCCGAGGUGCAGUCUGAACAGAAGAGUUUUGAUUUGCAUUGUUGAGCUGUCAAGCAGUAAUCGGUUAUAAUCCAGGUAAAUACGCAGUAUUUUCUGCCUCAGUGAGUCAGACAGAGUGAAAGUAUUAAGUUUAAACCUAAAACACACUGUGCUGUAGCUACCAAAAAUCCCCUUUUCUGCAGUUUCAUACUGUUGAAAGAGUAUGUGGUCAUCUUAAUGCGCAUUAGGCCGAUACUCUUCUCCACCCCUCACUGAUAUGACCGCUCAUAGUUUCUGCUGAUGGCUUCUCUUUAGCUCAAAGCCUCUUUGUUGUAUUACACUGUGUGACUCCCUCCAGCUGCAGGUUUUAAUGGGGAAAUAUCCUGUUGAAGAUUGCAGGCAUGCAUGACAGAGAAGGCCACUCAUUUUCAUGCCUGUGCAGAGCUGGUUAGGACUUACGGAGAAAGUGUUGCUGAAAUCUCUGAGUGUGAAAUCAGUUGCACUCUAUUUCUGAGUCUUUUGAUCAAUGAUUAGCCGUUGCUGAGGCAGCUGUCUAAAAGCUGCUACUGAUAAGAUUUUCAUCUCAUACAGUAGAAAAUGACCCUCUGACUGAAUGUUUUAUGUCUACAGAUGCUUUUCCGAUGUUUUGUUUCCAGGUUUUGCUUAAACGUGUUGAAUGUAAGCAGUCGUAAGACUGAUCUAAAUGUGAGUGCUUUCUAAAUGUGUCAGUCAGUAUUUUGCAGCAUCUUGCACUGUAAAUAUGAGAAUACAGUAAACCAAAAGAUAUUAUUUUCAAGGAAUGCCUUUUGUAAAUAUUUCGUAUGAGGAUGCAGUAUUGUUUUUUUGCUGAUGAAGCUUUGAAUAAAUUAGCAUUAAAUAAAA